GCAAGCGACCAUGGCUUUAUUACCAUUGCUCUUCGUGCUCGUGCAAAGCCUGAUCCAGUACCCGCAGCCGGCUGGGGAUGGGCUGGAUGAGGCCACGCACCGGCAAAUGCAGGAGCGGCAGGAGCUGCUGGACCGCGAGAUGGCUCGGCUGCUGCAGGAGCUGGAGCAGGGGCCCCCGGAGCAGCAGGACGAGGGCUGGGGAGCCGUGCUCUUUGGUGCUCUGCAGCAGUGGCCAUUCUGGGUGCUUGCUGGAGUCCUACUCCUCUUGGGCCUGUGGUUUAGCUGCAGCAGAAGGAGCCGUGAAGCCAGCAGCAGUGGCAAGGACCAGAGCUCCUGCAAGACUUUGAGAGAUGAGAGAGGAAUAGAACAGGAGGGAGACAGUGUUGAUUCAAGGGAAGGCGAGGAAAACAUUGAUGUGACUGUGGAGGCAGACAACAGCAGCAGUGGAAAUGACAGAGAAGGCAGUCCUGUGGCUUCCAAUGAGGGAGACGACGAUGAUGCCAUUGAAGGCAAUGAUGAGGUGAAGGGGAAGGAAGACAGUGAUGUUAAGAGUGACAAUGGCCGUGACUUAAAGAAAGAUGAAGGACUGAGUGAUGAGAAUGUGCCAGGAGACAAUACUGCAGAAGGAAAUGAAGAACCUGGCAAUGUUGCUGGAAAUGCAGAAGGCCUAGAUAAAGCAAAUGGAGGAGCAAACAAGGAUGUGCAGGUGGAGCAAGACAAGGAUGCUGGAAAGGAAGAAGAAGGAGAUGGAAAUGAAGAAAAAAACAAUGGUGGAAAUAUGAAGGCAGGCAACAGAGAUGUAAAUGAAGGUGAAGACAAUGUAGAUGGAAAGGAAGAAUACACGGAUGUGCAAGUGCAGGAAAGCAGUGAUGCCAGUGAACAGAGAAGCAGUGAUUGGACUGGGCAGGAGGAUAGCAUUGGAAUUGAUUGUGGGAAGGAAGUUGACAAUAGUGGUUUUCCUGCAACUGAGGAAGAAAAUAAGGAAAUUGAAAAAGAUGACGAUGAUCGAAGCAAGGAUGAAGAACAGGGUGGUGUAAAUGUGGAGAGAAACAAGAACAAGGAUAGAAAAGAAGACGAACAAGGUAAUGUGGCUGCCAGUGAAAAAGAAGGCAGUGAUGGUGGCAAGGAAGAAAGCGGCAGGGGUGGAAUUGAAGACAGAGAAGACGGCCGAGAUGCUGGGAAUAAGCAAGGCAUCCUUUUAGUGGAUCACAUAGAGUGGCCGGUGGAGGACCUGGAGAGAGGUCGCUCAGUGACAGCUGAGCUGAUGGAAAGCUUCACACGUGUCUUUGUGGACCGCGUGAGCAAUACUUUCUACCCAGUGCCUCAAGAAGCCAUUGGGGUGGGCAGUGCCUUUGAGGGUUGGAGUCCCCGUGAGUGGGAUGGGGUGUACCGGGUUCUGAUCCCGCUGAAUCCCCCGCCAGGGCAUGCCUUCCACCCAGAGCUUAACAGCGCAGGGCAGGUGGCAGCAAGGACCUUCAGCGUCCGUGUGGAGCUGGUGUGCACGUGCAAGAGGGAGCAGCUGGGCAAGCAGCUCUUGUGCUUCGUGCACCACUCGCAGGAGGAGCUGCGGCGGAAGCGGAAACGCAGCCUCCUAGAGACACUCUGCACCGGCUCCUACCUGGACGUGGAGAAAACCUCCCGCUGGUUCCGCCAGUUGGUGAGGUCCUCGUGGCUGCAUGUGCCUCAGGCAUACUCCUGGCACUUGGUGUUUCAGCCCUGCAGACGGUCCUGCCAAUUCCAGCUGAGCAAAGGCAAGAAGAGCGUGAAGGUGGAGAUGCUCUUUGGGGUGCGCCAAGGGGACUCUGACAUUUUUGUUGUCAGCCAGCCCACAGAGGCCCAGAAAGGCAGCUCCAGCAUCUCUGUGAGCAGCCAGCUUGUUGAGGCCAACUUCAUUGCACGCACAGUGUGGCCUGAGACAUACGCUGUGGCAGAGGUGAAAUUCUUCCGUCACAUUGCCAGGCAGGUGCCAUGUGAGAAUUUGCACCUGAAAUGCCUGCAGGUCUUCACCUGCAUCCUGAGGGGCACAGGUUUUUCCAGCUCUACCUGGAAGACCGUGGUCAUGCACGUGCUGACCAUUGUACCACUGUCCCGCUGGAGCAGGAGGGAAUUUGCGCAGAGGCUGUGGGACAUCAUGGCAUACCUGCACUGCUGCCUGCAGUUGAAACGCCUGGAGCACUUUGUGCUUGGCAAUGAGAGGCUUCCUGCAGAGAUCAGCUUGCCACCAGCACUGCAAGGGGUUGAGCCGCUCAACCUCUUUGAGCACCUGGCCCGAGAUCCAGCUGCCCACAGAGAGGCGAUGCAAGCUUAUGGUCAGCUGCGAUUUCGCCUCUGGAUGCUGCUCUCCAGCCACUGAGAGCAGUUCAUUGCACAGAGCUGUGCUGGGGGGGCUCACACCCGAUGGCAGCCACGUGAACACUGCACAGUUGUUGCAUUUGUCACUGGCAAUCCUGAAGCUGCUUUCCUGCUCCUGCGGAAGGAAGAUGCUGCAGCACAUGGAUUCCUUGUGCAGACUCACAUCUCUGAGUUGCCUUGCCCUUCACUUUCCGGUUACAAUGAUGCUGUUGCAAUGUUGCUAAGGCUGUUGCAAUGUCUACAAGGCAGAAACUGGCUCCACCUACACGUCCUCAUGGAAGACACUGAACCCGACAGAGGUUGCCUGGCACACCUUGAAGACUGAAAAACAUAGCCUGUUAGGGAAUUAUUGUAUUUAGUAACCUGUAUUUUCAAUGCUUUUGUAAAGAUGUAGUUUAUCUCAGUAUAUGUAAAUAGAUAAUACUUUUACCUCAGAGUAGAUAAUAGUUUUACCUCAUUUUACCAUAGGAGAACAGGUAGUCCAAGUUUUCAUAGCAGGAAUUGUGUUCAUUAGCAUUGCCUCAAGAGGCCUUUUAGGAUUGUUAGUGUAAAAUGAUGUUCCAGUUACAGUUAGUUUAGGCAAUUGAACCUCCCUGGUAUAGUUGCCCUGUUGCUGCUGGAGGUGAAUAGGUCACACGAACACAGCUCGAGGUGUGCUGAAAGGAAGAGAGAGUUUAUUUCUUCUCCCAGGACUUAAAGGUUUCUGACCACGGCCAGGGACUGGAUAGUCAGGAUAACGCCUUCCCAACCGCACUGGCCUUGAAAAAUGUCCAUUAAAAGAUGUGUAUUAGAAAGAAUGUACACAUCUCUAUGUUCAUAGUUACCGUCCUGGGAAAGUCUUCAGAAAACCAUGCCAGCAAGCUCAGAAGCUGAGUUUUCAGAACAACAGUUGCCUUUCAGUAAUAUAUACAUAUAUAUGUGUGUGAAGAAAAAAUAAAAGGAGAAAAGUUUCUCAAAUUGCCUGAAAUGUGUCCUUUUUAUUUAACUCACCGUUUCUUAAAGAAUGUCAAUCCAGUGCAGCUACCUGAAAAAAUUAUUAAGUGACUCAAAUAGUGAUUGUGUGCAGCAGUCAGGUCUUGGUAUUCCACUUCUGUAGCACUGUAGGACUAUAAAUUUUGCCUCUUGAAUUCCACCAGAAGUUAUGAUGGUCAAAAUAGCUAAAAUAUUAAUUAAUCAGCCCUCCCACUGUCAUCAUGAAAGUCCUCAUUUCCUCAGAGCAUGGAAAAGAAAGCUGCUGUGGCCUAUGUCAGAGAGAGAAGCCUGCUGUGGGGACAGGAACAAGUAGUUCCCUGUGGGGAGAGCAAGCGGGAACCUCCCAAAGGAGGAUCACUGCCAACAGCAGAACUUGCUGUUCCACUGAAAGGGAACGGUGUUCACUGAGGUCACUGCCUUUUGCCUCCUUUGCUGGGCAGGCACUGCCCCCACCACAGCCCCUUUGGCCUUGCUUGUGGACGGAGGAGAAGGCCCUCCAUACUCGUCUCCCCACAAACACACCCACCCACUUUUUUCCCUCUCCUCCGCCCCCAGGUGCAGAGACUUCCCUUUCCCUUGCCCCAGCUCCAGUGCUCAUCAGCCCCUCCACGUGCUCUCGGUGGCAGGCACUCGGUAUCUGUGUGUCACUGAGCCUUACAGCCUGGCUACACAGCUUGUGUGGCCUCUGGAGCAAUGCUUCGAGCUGGGGAGAAGCACGGCCUCCAUGGCUUCUUGCUGCACAAUCCACCCAGGGCCAGCAUUAUUGCAGGUGGUUAAACUGCGGGUCUGGAUUUGAGUUUUGAUGCAAGUGCAAACAUGCUGUGUGUGUGAGGGGCAUGCUGAGGGAGGGGAAGGCAGGAACACACACAUUCAGUGUUGCCACUGAAACACUAUUGUGUAACUCAGGUGCCGAUUUUAACUGUUGGGUAGUAUGCAGUAACACUAGGAUGGAAAUUGAAAGCAAUGAUCAGGAAGAGCAAGCUUAGGUAAACAAUCUGGAUGUUUUUCUGUUGCCAAGCUGUUCUUUUAGGCCUUGAAAACAGGAGGCAGCCCUAAUGAAGUAACUAAGCAAGUCCACCUGGUUGGUAUUAAUUCUCCUUUGCACUGUCAGUUUUCCUUCUUUGGGAAUGCCUCACCGUGCUCUGUGUGUUUCCUAAGCCUGUUGGUAUCAGUACCAGUGUGUUUUUCAGGCCCAUGACACUGGUAUUGCACCAGAGAUGUUCAUGCCACUGCAGUUCAAGGUCUCUCAUUUUUUGCAUGAAAGUCUUGUCCCCUUUGUUACGGACAUUGCACUCCUUAGGAAGCUGACAAAUAUAUUUGAACAUACAAAAAUGUUAACGUGGAAGUGUUGUCAAGAGGUGUGACCAAUUUAACAACAUCUUUACUGUGGAACUGCUGCAGACUGAAUGGAGCAAGCAUAGCAAUGAGGAACAAAGGCACACAGGCCUCCUCAUACAUCCCAAGAUUUACUGUAGCAAACCAGGUCUUUUCAUACUUGAAACCAAACAGAACUUAACAGAACCUUAACAGAACUUCACUGAAACCUCCCCAAGAAAAGCACUCAUUGGCUGCUGCAGCUGCAGUGUGGUUGGUCACGUGUCCCUCCAUCCAAUCAGCUCUCUGUUCCUAUGGCUCUCACACCUCCCCAACCAAUCACGGCCUCGCUGACAAUGGGCACUCAACCGACAUUCAACUGACUCCCAAAGAGCUCUCCCCGACCUGAGCCCUUCCCAGAGUGCCUUUGGUGAACAGAAUUUAACAACUUUAAUAUAUUUAGCAAAGGCUGAAUGGAGCAGGUCCCGGUGUCGGAUGCACAUUCAGGGAAAGCAGGUUUGAGUAAAAUGGAUCGCAGCCAGAGAGCUGUCAGCACAUACCAGUAAUGUCAGAAGAGCUCUUGAGUCAGGUCAGGGUUUCUAUAGGCAGCUGUCCCUUGGAUUUACUGAAGAAAAUCCCUUAUGGUUGGACACUGAAAUCCACAAGAAAAUUCACAUUUGCUCCAAGUGUAAAGCCAAAUCCUUUCUCUUUUUUCCAACUUCCUUCAUCAGCAAUGCAUGGACUGAGUUAGAAUUUAAAACUGUUGUGUUCUGUACAGCUGCUGUCAGAGAGGAUAAGCUGUCUUCAGGUUUAUUAUGGAAAUAUGUCAUGGAAUCUUACUGGUAUACAAAGAUUAUUUUUCAGGUUCACAACUAACACUUCCUAAUUUGAAAUAAAACUGAAUAUGGUCCCACUCUUAAGAAUUUUACCACACCUACAAAUACAUUGACUCUAUGGAAGGAUGGGAGGACUCAGCCUUGGAGGGAAAAGAGGGUAACACAGGUCAGUAAUGACAUUAUCUCAUCAGUGGUGUGACAUACCAUCAGUUAUUCUGUCAUCAUGGAUUUGCAACUGCAUUGCCAGGAGUAGGCUGAACCUAACUUAAAACUCGACAGCAACUUCCAAACAUUUAAACUCAAUUUUCAUUGCUAUUCAAGGAAGACAUCGUAAGCAAGUUAUGGACAAAUACAGUUUUCACACCUUCAUAAAAAAUCUGAUAAGCUAAAGCCUACAUUAAUUGAAGCAAGGUAUAGCAGAGAUGUGGGGCUGAUUAACCACAGAAGAAAAGUUUGAAGAGAGAGAAGUUUGACAAUAUUGGACAAGAAGAUAAAACUUACUGCAAGACUGAAAGCAUGGGAGGCAAGGAGAAGGCAAACUGAAAUUACUUCAAGAAUGUGAACAUGGAGAAGUGAAGCUUCUCCAGCUUUGGAGAAAAAUGAGCAGAAGUGAUACUAGGAGAAAUUAGUACACAUUGCAGUUCAAACUGGCAUUAAAACUUCAAAAGGGGGAUAUUAGACAAAUAACUCCAAACUGACUAUCCAGUCUGAAAUCGCUGAGGUAAAAGAGGAUUUCUUUUACAUACAGGCUUCCCCAGGACUCAUUGCAGCUUAUUCAAUAAUUGCAUAGCUAUAAAUAUUCUGUCUGUCUUCUGCAAAGAAUCAUAUGGCUGCAGGCCUACAGGAGGAAACCCAAAACUGCACCACACCUGCCCAGAUUUACCCAUAAGUAUCUGUAGAAGGCUUCGAUACUGACAAGUUAAAUGCAAAAGUGCUUCCUGAUCCCCUGGAAUGGAAAUCAGAAGUGUCUUACUACAGCAGAAAGCAGUUUUCCAACAGAAAAUUUAGGGAGAAAGAAGUACAUUGAAAGCCAUUGUGCGGCAGCAUCCAGCUCCAGAAUGCUCAGCAUAGGAACAGCAUUGACCUGUUGGAGCAAACCCAGAGCAAGACACCAAGAUGAGUAGAGGGAUGGAGAACAUCUCCUGUGAGGAAAAGCUAAAACAAUUGGGAUUGUUCAGCCUGGAAAAGAGAAGGUCCUGGAGCAGAGCAUCCCUGUGAACACACUGAGGAGUAGAUGUGCAGGGCUUGCCUGAUGAGAAUGACCCACAAGGCUGCUUCAGACACAAGAAGUGGAAUGUGAUGGUAGAAUGGGAAUGUGUCCAGAAGAAACAGGAAAGAGGAGAUAAGCUAUGUUAGCUGCUGACUGCAGUUGCCUCUAAGGAAAGUUAGUUCCAGGAAGAUCAGGGCAUUGGAGAAAGCAGGGGAAGGGAAAGGGGAGUGAGCAAAGUAACAAACAAAAAAAGAGAUUAUUAUGGAGACACUUCAUAAGAGAGAGAAGUAAAAAGGGACAGCAAGCAGUUUUUCAAUUAAAACUCUCCCCCUGUUGGACACCAGAAUUUUCAACAGAGGAAAAACCCCUAUAUGUCCAUUUUCACAUAAUUCUUGAUUUAAGUAUCAGCCUUUUUUUCUACUGCAGGAUAAAACCUCUGCUGUAAGCCACAGAGCAAGCUGUGGUUAAAGCACCCCACUGAACUGAAAUGGAGAGAGCUUUGAUCACAGUGUUUGUUGGAAUUGUUUUCUGAGCAUUUACCUUCUUUUCCCAUGUAGAUCAAACACAAGAAUAUCAUUCUGUGUUUGAGAUAAUAAAGACCUUGCAGGAAGGCAGACAUCAGGUCAAACAAACCUCUUCAUUAAGAUGGUUAGCACACUCUUGCUCUGAGGCUGCCUCUGUCAGCUCAAAGGACAGGAUGAGCCAGAUCACAGCAAACUACACCCAGCUCUGUAUACACACUACUGUGUAUUUCACAUGAACUUAUCUGUACUACUGCAUCUCCUCUACAGUAAAAUUUAUAACUAAAUAAACCUGUUUUCUUAUUGAUGGAUCUUUCACAGCUGGAGUUGCUAGGGUGAACUUUGACAGAAAUUCUCCUUUUAAUGGGCAUCUUCAUUAUGUCUCACCCUAUCUGGCAAAUCUAAGCCUCCAAUAAAGUCUUUCACUCACUGGAAAACAAAUACUGUCUCCCCCUUUAGUCAACUGCUUCAACACAUGAAGGCACAAAAUAUCUUGGAGAACUUCAGAUCUCUGUCAAAAUGCACUGAAUUUGACAAAUGGAUUCAAGAGGUAUUGUGAGGAAGAGGAUAAGACAAAACGUGUAGGUAUACAUAAGUGAUCCCAUAAACUCUCUUUUCUUAAGAGAUUAAGCUAAAACAUCAAUUUGCUACUGUCUGAAGCUUUCUUCUUUCUAGUACAGAGAUCUUCUUUGGAGUCAAGAGAAUAACCUUCUGACCUUGAGCCACCUCCCUGACUAACAGUUGGCCCAUACAGCUAAUCCUUCAAUUUCAUGAGCUGACCAAAAUAAAGCCAUAAUUAUGCUA